UUUUCAUGAUUACCCUUUUUGUUUUUCAAGGGUUAAAGGAAAGGCAAAUUAUGGGAUGUUCAAGACUGCUCUUCUUCUCCUUCUUCUUUCCUUCAUUUUAUGUGGCCAACGUCGAGCGUCUCUCCACCCAAUUCUCCUCAACCAAGGAAUUUAGUUAUGGGUUCUACAAUCUAAUUGUCGGCCAGAGCCACGGUCAAGUCAACGCAAUCGGACUUUGUAGAGGAGACAUAAAGCAGGAUGUUUGCAAAAGUUGCCUCAGCGAGACCAUUCCGAAUCUCCUGCAGAUCUGCAUUAACAGGAUAGAGGCUGUUGGAUGGUCGGAUCUCUGUAUGUUCCGCUACUCAAAUCGGGAUAUUUUUGGAGUUAAGCAAACCACGCCUGACAGUACUAUAAAAAGCAAUUUAAAUGUGUCCAAUGUUGAAAAAUUCAAUCUCGCACUGAGUUCCUUGCUGAAUAAUUUAAGCAGUCAUGCGGCCGUUGGAGACACUUUUGGCAAGUAUGCGGAAAGUCACGCUGUAGCUCCAGAUAACUUUGGGAGUGUGUACGCAUAUGCGCAGUGCACUCCCGAUUUGUCCCAGAAAGAAUGCGGUGAUUGUUUGGAGACGGCCAUCGGAAAGAUUGGAUUCUGCCGUGGGUCGAUCGGAUGUAAAGUUCUACAACCCAGCUGUAUCUUCAGAUAUGAGACUGGCCCUUUUUUGAAUGUCACAGAUGAAAUUAAUUUCUCACCACCGUCGUCUUCACCUCCUCCCGCAGAAGGAAAAGGAAAAGGCAACAGAACUAGUCCAACAAUCAUCGUUGUCGUUGUUGCUUCAGUCAUCGGAGUUUUGUUGCUUCUCGCCUGCAUUCGCAUUUGUCUAAGACAUGGAAAGUCGAAGGAAGAAGAUGACGCCACUGUUCAAGCAGCUACAAAUAACUUUUGUGAGGAAAAUAAGCUUGGACAAGGUGGAUAUGGAGUUGUUUACAAGGGCCAACUUCCAAAUAAACAAUUUGUAGCUGUAAAAAGGCUAUCUUGUGGUUCUGAACAGGGAGAGAGAGAAUUUAAAAAUGAAGUCCUUUUAGUGGCUAAGCUUCAACAUCGCAAUUUGGUGAGACUCCUUGGUUUCUGCUCGGAAAGAAAAGAAAGACUUCUCAUCUAUGAAUUUAUGCCAAAUGCAAGCCUUGAUCGUUUCAUUUUUGGCAAGGAGAAAUUGGAGAGAAAGAACGCCUCUGAAUAUCGUGGAUCCCAAUUUGAGGGGGAGGGUUCAACAGCGGAAAUAAUGAAAUGCAUCCAGAUUGGGUUACUUUGUGUGGAAGAACGUCCAGCAAGUAGAACAAUCAUGAGGUCAAUUGUUGGGAUGCUUAGCAGCAGCAACCCCAUAAGUCUCCCAACACCCUCACACCCUGCCUCUUUCUUGCGCAGCACGAGUCAGUCUGACAACAUUGUAUCUUCGCAAGAAGCCCAUCGAUCCACUCGUGAACAUGCUCCGCCUUCAAUAAACGAGGUUUCGAUUACUGAGCUAUAUCCAAGAUAAUCAAUGUUAAAAUCAUCACUACCGUCUUGAAAGUUGGUGAUAUAUCUUUCUUGAUAUGCUAUCAGGUAUGAAGUACCUCUAAACUGAUAAUCUAAAUACCUAUUUAAACGUUUUUUCUGUCUUUUUUUUAAUUGGCUGAAGUGCUGUACGUAGGCUUGGGGUGGCACUGCCAAAGCCACCGACAUUAUUGUUUUCUACAACUUCACAUUUUCUUGAAAUUUGUUUCAAACUUGAGUGUGAUAUGCCCUCAGUAGAUACUCCUAUUUCAUGUUCACUUCUCUUGUCAAUUGUUAUUUAUAUUUAUAUACACAUUAAAUUUUUAUCUAAAAU